GCGUCCUCCUCAUCUCACACAACCUGCAUAGCGCUGAAUUCUACACAAACGUAAUGACAGAAAAGAACACAAGAAGGUAAAACAUACACAGAACCCCAGACGCGUUCCCUUCCUGAGACGAAGACAUACUGCGAGCAGCUACCGCUAGUUCAACAAUCAUAAAACCGCCAACAUAAAGACGGCGAGACACCAACAAGCAAGAAAAAGGGAGAAGAAGAAAAUCAAGUGAUUAAUGGUAUGAAGUAGUGAUAUGGCCCUGGAUAUGGAGAGGACGGUCUCUAAAAUCAUGUUUGACUUCCAGAGGAACUCAACUUCUGAUGAUGACUCUGGCUGUGCACUGGAGGAGUACGCCUGGGUGCCCCCCGGCCUCAAACCUGAACAGGUUCACCAGUAUUACAGCUUUUUCCCAGAGGAUAAGGUUCCUUAUGUCAACAGCAUUGGUGAAAAGCAUCGGAUCAAGCAACUCCUUCAACAGCUGCCACCGCAUGACAAUGAGGUUCGUUACUGUACCUCACUGGAUGAAGAAGAAAAGCGGGAAUUAAAGAUCUUCAGUAACCAGCGAAAGCGAGACAAUCUAGGCAGAGGCACUGUCCGACCUCUACCCCUCACAGUAACGGGAGCUAUAUGUGAACAGUGUGGAGACCAGAUCAACGGUGGAGACAUUGCAGUGUUUGCCUCACGGGUCGGCCAUGGCCUGUGUUGGCACCCUCACUGUUUUGUGUGCUGUGUGUGUUCUGAGCUAUUGGUAGAUCUCAUCUAUUUCCACCUUGAUGGCAAAAUCUACUGUGGCCGUCACCAUGCCGAACGACUUAAGCCGCGUUGCUCAGCAUGUGAUGAGAUUAUCUUUGCAGAUGAGUGCACAGAAGCAGAGGGGCAGCACUGGCACAUGAGACAUUUCUGCUGUUAUGAGUGUGAGGCCCCACUCGGGGGACAGCGCUACAUCAUGCGUGAGGGACAUCCGCACUGCUGCAACUGCUUUGAGUCACUUUAUGCAGAAUACUGUGACUCUUGUGGAGAGCACAUAGGUAUAGACCAAGGACAGAUGGCAUAUGAAGGUCAACACUGGCAUGCCACCGAAGAGUGUUUCAGCUGUGCUCGCUGCAAUCAGUCUUUGUUGGGUCGUCCCUUCUUGCCGAAACAAGGUUUGAUCUACUGUUCCCGUCUCUGUAGCCAAGGGGAUGAAGCUGAGUUGUCAGACUCCUCAGACUCUGCUUUCCAGAGUGCCCGUUCCCGUCAGUCACGCCACAGUGCUCAGAUUGGCAAAGAUGGGACAAAAGGCAAAAGUGAAAGUGUACGACAAACAUCAUCUGGCCCAACACCAUUAGUCAGUGAUGCAGAGCCUCUAGCUGUUAAAAUGGAUUUGCUGAGCAUCUCUAGCCCAGCUCCCAGCCGUACACCCCACCGCACACCAACGAGAACCCCAAGUAGAACCCCAAGUCGGUCUCCAAGUCUGAACCGUGAGCAGUCAGUUUGGGUAAACAGAGAUGAGCCUUAUUCCUACGAGUCUCAACAAAGAGAUUCCUCCACAUCUUCAAAUCCUCAUCAGCUACGAAGCCAAUGUAGCAUGCGUAGUGCUUAUCCUCCUUCUCCCAAUCAGCCACCCAAGAUAGUGAGCAAUCCAGAAUCUUGGUCCAAAGAACAACCUGGAGGUAAUUCUAAAAAGCCUCCAGUCAUGGCUGCUCUGAGAGGCCACUCUUUUAAUGAAAACUGGAUGCACCAUGGCCAGGAACCUGAAUUUCAUGCUCCUAAGCUCAAAACACAAAUGAGCUUCAAUGAAGUACCAAGCCGUAAUUCUGGAUUUUUGGACAAACGCAGUAUAAGCAUGCAAGGCUUCCCCCGAGAGAUGCGUCCCCCAUUGCUGAGGAGCAGGCACCAAUUUGGGCCAAGCUUUGGUGAACUUACGCCACUAGAACAAACACCAAGAGGUUCUGCUGAUUCACUAGCACUUUCCUACACUACAGCAGGAAACUCUUUAGAUGGGACCAACAGGCGUCAGGAGCACUUCUCUCGAUUUUCUAUGCCUGACCUGAGUAAAGAUUCAGGGGUAAAUGUUUCUGAUAAAGGCACCAUGGGUACAUUGAACUCAUCAAUGCAGUUUCGCAGCACUGAAUCCCUGAGCUCUGUCCCAAGACCUCUCGCUGAUAUUGGCAUGCCUGUCAGAGUAAGAUACCCUCCUCCACUAUACUGGGAUUCAGCAAGAGGUUUAAGUUUUGAGAAUCCGGUCAAAGGUCAAAUUGGCCUUGCAGGAAGUAUGUCCUGUAUGCAGGAAGGUACUGCCCAAGCGAUGACACCACGGCCAAGACGCUCUCAGACACAAGACUCCCCCAGACAGCAGCGCCAACGUCAACGUCACCACCGCAAAGGCCACAAAGGUCACAAAUAUCACUACCGCUCCCGCCGCUCUCGGUCAGACAAUGCCCUGCAUUUAGCCACAGACAAUCAGAGUUUCCCUGGGGACCCCAUUCAUAGAUUUCACAAUGAUUUUGAGCAACCAUCCUCGUCAAGGGUGUCACACAAUCUCUUUGGAGGAAAUUAUGGGUAUCGACAACAAUUCUUUAGGCCUUGUCCUCGAACCACCUCUGACCUCACCUUGCAAGAUCCUGGAGGUCCUCAGAUUGGACAAUAUAUGGGAAGGUAUGGAGAAACAGCUGAGGAUGAAGAUCAGUUUUGCUCAACCUGUUCCUCUUCGUCAGAGGCGUCAGAAGAUGAUGGUUACCUCCUGGGUGAAGUCAUUCCACGGCCAGUGCAGCUGCGAUACUUUGACAAUGAAGAGUUGCGACAUCGUUAUAGUCCUACAGUGAUGGGAGGCCACACUCAGCUACAUACACGCAAACGGCGGAAGAGCAAGAACUGCAUCAUAUCAUAAGCAAAUGGUAAUGAGUGUUUGAGUGUGUGUAUUUGAGAGUGGGUAUACAGUAUACAACAGAAGUUAGUACGGUGCGUACAAGCAAACAUGCAGACAGAAAGUUAUGUUCACAGGUUAUUUUAUAACCAUGUUCAUGUAAUUAGAUUAUUGUUUCAAUGACCACAUAUUUUCCAACUUGUGUGUUUGUCAUUGCAUAUGUAGAGUACAACAAUGUUAAAGGUGCACUGGGGUAAAAGGCACAUUUGAUUGCAUUCCCCUUUACACCACUAGACGGCACAAAAAUUCACUUCAGCACUUUCUCCAACAACUAUGUUUGAUUGCACAUGGAAGCGUGGCAGAAGACACAAUUCUAGGCUACUUUGAUCUAAUUAUGUAUCAAAUGAUAACUUAUUUAUUUUGAGAUUUUGUUGAGGUUUUUCAGUUUUGUUUAAGAAAAUUAAAGCAACCGUUGUUACAGUAACAGAAGAAUAUGUGAAAGUAUGGUUUGUUGGGUAAAAAACUGCUGCCCUUGCUGACAAAUGUACAAUAAUUAAUAUGAUGACAUUGUUAGAUUCAUGUGAUAAAUACAAUAUAGUAAGAUGACUGUCCUUAUAUAAUCACCAUUUAUAAUGUAGCCACAGUGGUAGAUAUAAUAUACAAUGCAUUGUGACCCUGCUGUUGGGGCAUUGUGUUGAGUACAGUAUUAGAUUCAGAUAUGAGAUAUGAUUUUGUUCUUUUUUGGCAUUCUGACAUUUUGGUGAUAUAUUUUUCUUACGAUGUGCCUUUAGCCUUGCUGUACUCUAUUCA